GUAAUUAAAAUUCUUAAACCGUCUUCACCGUUACUACUUGUCCAUUUUCUCAAACUUCUCUUCAUUUCACUAUUUAAUUCUCUCUCCUCUCUCUCUCUCUCUCUCUCUCUCUCUUUGUUAAUUCAGAAUUCUCUCUCUCAUCUCCUUACGCGCAAUAAUCAUGACUAGUUCUUCAGCUGCUUCUCGCAAGAAUCUGAGUAAGAUUGCCUGCAAUAGACUCCAGAAAGAACUCGUCGAGUGGCAAGUUAAUCCCCCAGCUGGUUUCAAGCACAAAGUCACCGACAAUCUCCAAAGGUGGGUUAUUGAAGUUGCUGGAGCUCCUGGAACACUUUACUCCAAUGAGACCUAUCAGCUUCAGGUUGAUUUUCCUGAGAAUUACCCAAUGGAAGCUCCACAGGUCAUAUUCUUGCAUCCGGCUCCAUUGCAUCCUCAUAUCUAUAGCAAUGGUCAUAUUUGUUUAGAUAUAUUAUAUGAUUCAUGGUCUCCUGCCAUGACUGUUAGUUCUAUCUGCAUUAGCAUUCUGUCAAUGCUUUCAAGCUCAACUGUAAAGCAACGCCCUGAAGAUAAUGACCGCUAUGUAAAGAACUGCAGAAAUGGAAGAUCACCAAGGAGACAAGGUGGUGGUUCCAUGAUGACAAAGUAUGAUAACUAGCUUUUGUUAAUAAAGUUCACAAAACUAGAGUAGAGGAUUAUCCUUCUGAGUGGAAUAUCAAGUCAUGGGAAAAAACUUAUUGAGAAACCAGGAUCCCUUUAAUUAAAUGGAUAAUAACUCUCCUGUAAAUUAAAAUUGCCUGGUAAUUUGUAAAGGAAGAGGAAACUAUGUGUUUUGAGCAACUUUGAGGAUCAAACAAACUCAAAACAAUGUGGUUAAUCUCAUUUAUAUUUGGAUGUCGAUAUAGAUGAUUUGAUUAACCCUCAUAUUUGACAACUUGUGUUUAAUACUUUUUCUCUCUUAAAGAUUAUAUGGUCUAUAUAAUUGACAAUAUGCAUGCCUAA